UUUGUUACUAUUGCGUCAUAGAAAAAUGACUGGAGGCUUUUCGAUGAAAUUUUAAACGAAAAACAUUUGUGACAUAGUUUGUUGGAAUUUAAAUUUAAAGACUGUUUUGUUGCAUACUGAUCUUCGAUACACAGAACAAACUUCACCUAAGGAAACUAUUGCCAGGAAAAGUUUAAAUGCUGACGAAAUCGCGGUUGAUUUCCGUUAACGAUUCCGUCCAUAAUCAAUUGCUGUGUGUUACACCUAUCGCUUAUUUGAAGGUUAUAGAACGGAUCAGGUAAUAGAAGUUGAUGGUGAAUACGGGUCGAAUUCCAUAAUGCAUUUUUGUUAUCGCAUCGGGUGUACGUUUGCUUGAGGAAGGUUUAUCUGAUUAAUGGGUGCAUCGCUUACUACAAAAGUUGCAAAAAGAAUGGAAAGCUCUCGACGUUUGGACACACGGGACAGAACAGAGGAACAAUCGCGUGCAAGCAGCAGCGCGAGACCAUUAUCGAUCGAAGGACCUAGAAACGCAAACAAUACCGAAAUGCAAGCACUUGUACCAAUACCGAACCAACCUAGACAGCCAAGAAAUUUACAGGGACUACUUCGGUUUGCUAUGGAAACGAGCGAUUCUCAAGGUUCCGCCAAUGCUACUACUUUUAAUCCAAUGGACAAAGAAAAACGACAAUUUCUGGAAAAUAUGUUCUCCUCGUUAUCUUGUAACGUGACAGAGGAAUUGCAAAAAAACAUUAAAAUUUUAUCGAAUGUUGUUGACCUUGGGCCAGACGAUGAUACAUCGCAAUAUGAAAUUGCUUUGGAGAGCAUUGCAGAUUAUGUAGAUAAUACAGAUAUUGCUAAUGACUUUUAUAAAAUAGGAGGCUUUUCUAUAUUUGGUCCAUGUUUAAAUUCUCCGCAUAGUAGCAUCAGAUGGAGAACUGCAGAUGUAAUAGCCGAAUUAGCUCAAAAUAAUCCCUUUUGUCAAGAAAAACUUUUGGAAACUGAUCUGUUUCCAAUAUUGUUGACAAUGAUAGACACAGAUCCGGCAGAAGCUGCCAGAAUCAAAGCUCUGUACGCUAUAUCUUGUAUAGUUCGUGGGCAUCUCGUAUCCUUAAAAUACAUGGAUAUAAAUGACGGUUAUUCUGUUCUUUUGAGAGCUAUGCAAAGUCCAGUGAAAAAACUACAAAUUAAAUCCGCUUUUUUUUUAUGUUCUCUUUGUAACAAGGAAAACAUGAACGAUUUAAAACUUACUUUGGUGAAUAUGGGUUUAGUUGAACAAGCAACUGGUUUGCUAGCUACAGAUGGUCUACUUCCAGAAAUUAGAGAUCAACUGUUGAAUAUUCUCGAUGGCUUAACCAAUGACGAUUUUCACCCUGCCUUGAAAGAAUGUAGACGUCCGGAACUUUACCUGCAAUCCACAUUAGAUCAUUGUAUAGAAGAUUUACAACAAGAGGAGAAUUCUGAUCAAAUAGAUACAUGUUAUCGGGUGUUGAGGAAAGUCUUUCCCGAACAAGAUACAAAUCAGGAAAGAUAAUUCAAGUUUAUAACAAUACUGUCAAACAUUUCUCUAAUAUUUUUAAUAUCAUCGAUAGCUUUGAAAAUAUUCAAUCGAGUCAAUUUAAAUGAAACAUCCUGUAUAAGCUUCAUAAAUUAAUUGGUAUUUACAUUUUGUGUAGAAAAAAUGCAAAAAAGUCAUCCAUCCAAAUUCCAGAAACAAAGAAAUCUCCUCUUCUCUUUAACGAGUAUACAUAUUCAACGUGUCUAACAUGAUACCCGCGUUACCGAUUAUAAUUUUUUUGCCGUUGGAUUUUCUGUACAGCAAAACAUGAAAGAAGCUGGUAAUUGGAAUUUUGUAGAAUAGGGAGCUUUUGAUGCAAUAACAAAUCCUGGUAUUACCAUUUUCUCUUUUUCUUUAUUGAAAUUAUAUUUCUAGAUUAAUGUGUUUUCUUGUGUUCAAUUCUUGUCACACCCUACUCAAUCUAGGUAUCAAAAAAAAAAAAUCCAAGUAAAUCUAAAGAAAUUUAGGAAGUUAGAAAUAAUUAUCUACAGUGAAAGUUAGUUGAUUUCAUGCAUGUUGGAAUGUUCAUCUGUCAUUGUUAGACAACUCAUUUAGAGACACUUUUUUCAUUAUGGGUACUUUGCUUAUGUGCGCCUACAUAGGUCGGAAAGUAAAAAUGCCUGGGCAGAGUCGAGAAUCCAAAUCGUAUGCCGUUGACGGGAGGUCGGAUUUCAGUUG